GAUCACAAUCGUAGUAUUAAAAUUAUAUAAAACAAGGCUAUUUUUUCGAUUGACACAGAAGCUAAUUAGUUUGCCUUAACUAUAAUUCAUCAUUUUUAGAGUUUCAACUUUACUGAAUCAAAAUGAUCCGAACCAUUGCUAUUCUUGCUUUGUUUGUUGCUUGUACUCAAGCUAGAAAUAUUAGCUUCACCAACUGCUCACCAACUGGAAAAAUUAACUGGGUUACCGUCGACCCUUGUGACGCUGAACCAUGCACCUUCCAGCCAGGAGAACUAGUUACUGUUGAAGGCGAAUUAGUUAGUGAAACUGGCUCAGCUGGUCCAACAUUGAUUGUUGAAGUUAAAGUUGUUGGCGUUUGGGUAACUUACCCUGGUCUUGACUCUGAUGCUUGCAAAUAUCUCACUUGUCCUCUUAAAGCCAAUGUUGUUACUCCAUUCAAGAUUAGCUUGACAACUCUUGCUUGGCUUCCACCCAUGAGCACUGAGAUUCGAUUCCAGCUUAAAGGCUCUGAUGGAUCCCAAUACAACUGCGCUCAAGCUGAUAUUAAAAUAGCUUAAAUGAAGAAUUAUUUUGUUGUAAAAAUUAUUUUUUCAAUAUGCUGUUCAAUAAAUAUAUUUGUUGAUUAUUGAUUGCAAA